AUGUACGGCAGUCUUCUGCUCGUCACGUCGCUUCUUGCGGCGCUGCCUGUGAAUGCCGAUGGACUAUACACCAAGAAUUCGCCGGUGCUGCAGCUGAACCCCAAAACUUACAACUCGCUCAUCGCGAAGUCGAAUCAUACCUCGAUCGUCGAAUUCUACGCUCCCUGGUGCGGACACUGCCAGAACCUCAAGCCCGCCUACGAAAAGGCCGCGAAAAACCUCGACGGACUGGCGAAUGUCGCCGCGAUCAACUGCGACGAUGACGAGAACAAAGCCUUCUGCGGCCAGAUGGGCGUGCAGGGCUUCCCAACCCUCAAGAUCAUGACCCCGUCCAAGAAACCCGGAAAGCCACGCGUGGAGGACUACCAAGGCGCACGCAGCGCCAAAGGCAUCGUCGACGCAGUCGUCGACCGCAUCCCCAACCACGUGAAGCGCGCAACAGACAAGGAUCUGGACAAGUGGCUCGGACAGAACGAGGAACGGCCCAAGGCCAUCCUCUUCACGGAGAAGGGCACGACAAGCGCGUUGAUCCGCGCCCUGGCAAUCGACUUCCUGGGAGCAAUUGACUUCGCCCAGGUACGCAACAAGGAAUCCGCCUCCGUCAAGAAAUUCGGAGUCACCUCGCUUCCUGCGCUUGUCCUCGUCGCCGGCGACGCCGAGCCCAAAAUCUACCAGGGUGACCUGAAGAAGAAGCCCAUCACCGAAUUCCUGAGCCAAGCAGCCGCGCCCAACGCACCCGCGUCCUCAGACUCCAAGCCCAAACCGAACCCAAAGGCCAAGUCCAAGUCCAAGCCCGCAACAAAACCAACCUCCGUCGCCGAUGACGCCGACGACGUAGAGCCAACCACCCCAGAGGAAGCAGACACCAAGCCCGUCCAAAACCCCAUCCCCGCACCCGCAAUCCCAACCCUCUCCACCCCCGAAUCCCUUGAAGCAGCCUGCCUAACCCCGAAAUCCGGAACAUGCGUGCUAGCCAUCCUCCCCGAGGCAAGCGAGCCUGACGAAGCCCUCCCGGCCUCGGCCACAGCUGCGCUAGCCAGCCUAGCUGAGAUCGGCCACAAGCAUGCCCAACGUGGCACACAUCUGUUCCCAUUGUAUGCGAUCCCCGCUAGCAACCCUAUCUCCCAUAUCCUGCGCACUGCAUUGGGUCUGGCCCAGGGAUCGGCUGUGGAGGUUAUUGCGCUCAAUGCUCGUCGGGGCUGGUGGCGUCGGUUCGGUGCUGCUGAUGAGGACUUUGGGGCUGUUGCUGUUGAAUCGUGGGUUGAUGGCAUUCGUCUUGGUGAAGGUGCUAAGGAGAAAUUGCCUGAAGGUAUUGUGUCUGGUGCUGAGGCUGAGCCUGAGCCUGAAGUCGAGGCCGAAACUGCUCCUGAGCCCGAAGCUGAAGCUGAAGCUGAGGUCGAGGAGCAGGUUGAGCCCGAGGCUGAGGAAAAGCCUGAGCAUGAUGAACUGUGA